AUGUCGGUCGACAUCAGCGAUAUCCGCAGCCUCGUGGCGUCCCAGGACGACUGGCGCCAGCGGCAGACGAUCAAUCUCAUCGCCAGCGAGAACGUCCAGAGCGCGGCGGUGCGCGACAUCCAGAACUCGGAUUUCAUGGCCCGCUAUGCCGAGGGGCACCCCAACCAGGGCGACCAGAUCAAUCGCUAUUACCAAGGCACGCAAUACAUCGACCGCCUCGAAACCAUGGCGCGAGAGGAGCUGCUGGCGCUGGCCCGCUGCCGCCAGGCGGACGUGCGGCCCAUCAGCGGCAAUGCUGCCAACACCGCCAUCGCCCUCGGCUACCUGCGCGCCGGCGAUCCCGUCAUCGUCAACUCGACGCCCGCCGGCGGCCACAUCAGUCACAACACCAUCGGCGUCUUCGGCAGGCGCAUCCAGACGCGCGGCGCCUCGCUGAACCUCGAAUCGGACAAAGCCAUCCCCUUGCACUACCUGCCGCUGAGCGAGGACCACUACCACGUCGACGUGCCGAAAAGCCUCGACCUCAUCGAGCGCGCCGCGCCGCGCCUGGUGGUACUGGGCAAGAGCCUGUUCCUGUUUCCCGAGCCGGUGCGCGAGCUCGCCGCCCUGUGCCGGGAGAAGGGCAUCCCGAUUCUGUACGACGGCGCCCACGUGCUCGGCUUGAUCCUCGGCGGCCAGUUCCAGGACCCCUGGCGCGAGGGUGCCGCCUGGGUCACCGCCAGCACGCACAAAACCUUUCCCGGCCCGCAGCGCGGCGUCAUCCUCGCCGACCUCAACGAAGCGGACGAAAAACGCUACUGGCCGGCGGCCAAUCGCGGCGUUUUUCCCGGCUCCUCCAGCAAUCACCACCUGCACAGCCUGCCGGGCCUGCUCGUCGCCAUCCGCGAGAUGAAGCAACACGCGCAAGCCUACGCCGCUCAGAUCGUCGCCAACGCCCAGGCCCUCGGGCGCGCCCUGGACGACGCCGGCAUCGCCGUGGAGGCGCGCGAUUUCGGUUACACGCGGAGCCACCAGCUUGCCGUCAACGUCGCGGCGCACGGCGGCGGCGUGGCCGUGGCGCAGCGCCUGGAGGCCAAUGACAUCAUCGUCAAUUACAACCUGCUUCCCACCGACACCGAGCCGCGCAACCCCUCCGGCCUGCGCAUCGGCGUGCAGGAAAUGACCCGGUACGGCAUGCGUGAGGCGGACAUGCAGGACCUCGCCGGGCUGAUCGCCGACGCCAUCCGCAACAAAGCCGUCAAGGACGCCGUGCACGCCCUGCGGCAGCGGUUCGACACGGUGCAGUAUGUGUAG